GUUUUUCGGCUCUGCCUCGAAGCUCCGGAGGCUCCCGUCACCCAAAACGUCGGCGGGAACAAGUCGAGUGGCCGACACCAACAAGCUUCGCCGUUACGCGGCGACUUAAAGACGUUAGCUAACGUUCCGGCUCCUGUCUAGAAACGAAAACGAAAAGUUUCAUUUCUUUUGAAAUAAAAAAAAAACAAACAAAACAGAUUUUCUACGAGACCUGUGCUAGGUUUACUGUAUCUGUUUCUCUGUAAUUUCAAUGAUUGUGCUAUUUCUGGCUUCGCACGCUGGUGAUUUUGUCCCGUGCGAAAUUGGGAGAAACAGGCUUGUUUCAGGAGAACACAAAACUGAAGUCGCGUCAGUGAUGGAAAACGACGAUAAUGACUCAUCAAAAGCUUAAAAAUGGUAGAUUCCCGGUGGCACUUUGUACGGCUAAUCUCUCACCCUGCGUCGGAACAGCAUGAAGCUGCGGGUUCGGAUCAACAGGCAGACCUGCAGGGUGGAGUUACUGGGAGAAGAACCCAGUCUGAAAGAGCUCACGGAUCACAUCAAGGAGACCCUCCUGUCCUCUCAUGGACUCAGUGCAGACACAGAGUUCAGUUUGUCUCUGAACGGCUCGGAGCUUCUGUCAGACACCGGUCAGACUCUGUCGUCCUGUGGCAUCGUCUCUGGAGACCUGAUCUGUGUCAUCCUACCCGAGUCUGCGGCCCCCGCUGCCUCCAGCUCCUCCUCCAACUCCACCAAGACCACGACCAGCGGCACAGAGAACCAGAGGCAACAGCAGCAGGGGAAACUGAUGGCUGCCGUGACCCCCAACCAGCCCAGCAGCAGCAGCAGCAGCAGCAGCAGCAGCCGCAGCCCUGCAGCACUGACAGAGUCUGAGGAGACCACUGAGAUGGUGGACUCUGAGCCUUCGGUCCCCAGCUGGGAGCCCAUGUUGUGCAACGAGGCAGAGGAGGGUCAGGCUCCUCUCUCUCUGGAGCUGCUCUAUCACACGGCCCAGACCACCAGUCCCAGUGACGCCAUCAUGGUGGCCGGAAACCUCCUGAUGCUCGAAACUGGGUUCAUUCCUCAGGGCUGUGAGCUGAAGCCCGGGGAGAUGCCCGGUGGGUGGAGGUCAGCAGGCGGAGUCUACAAACUCCAGUACACUCAUCCUCUGUGUGAAAACAGCCUCGCCAUGGUGGUCGCCGUGUGCAUGGGCCCCGUGCUCGUCAUCAACGCCACUCUGAAGAUGAACGAAACCGUCGACACGGUUCGCAAACUGUGCCUGAAUCCAUCCAGCUACGUGACGGACGAGUGGCCAGGAGAAAGUGCGGCUGCGGCUUUCAAAGAUCUGAGUAAACUGUCCCGGGUCUUCAAAGACCAGCUGGCGUACCCACUGAUCGCUGCCGCCAGAGAAGCGAUGGCUCUGCCGGUGGCGUUCGGUCUGGCCGCUCUUCCUCCGGAGCUCCUCCUCCGAGUCCUCAGACUGCUGGACGUUCGCUCUGUGGUGAGACUGUCCUCGGUCUGCAGACACUUCAACAUCGCCACGGCAGACUCGACGCUGUGGAGACACCUGUACCGCCGAGACUUCACAGAUCCAGAUCCCAGCAGGUCCAGAGACACAGACUGGAAAGAGCUUUACAAACGCUUCUACAAGCUCCGCUGUGAACAUCGACACGUUGCUCGUCACCGCUCCCUCCCUCCCUUCCACCGAAACCCUCGAGACAUCUUCGGCUCCGUGCCCGUCCCCCUCCACCCCCCGCUGCCCGGCAUCAUCGGGGGGGAGUACGACCAGAGACCGAACCUCCCCCGCGGCCUCCUGCCCCGCCACCGCUACGACCCCUUCAGCCCCCCUCGAGAUCUGGACGGACGACCUCUGGACAACUUCCGCAGAGUCCGACCAAUGGGGGGACGACCCGCAGACGUCCAGCGAGGAUUCAUCUGAUUAUUGACUGUCGGAGUCUGGUUUCAGGACUGAUCAGAGCUUCUGCAAUAAAAACCGAGAUCUGAAUGAUACGAGUGUUGGUUUAUGUGAAGCUUUUGGAGAAUACUUGACUUCACAGUUACGGAAGAAACGAACGGGUCUGUGAGGACUAGGUAUUUAACACUAGGAGCCCCGGACUUUCAGGGGCCCCUAAAGCUGCAGGUUCACUGUGUAUCUGUUUGUGGCGGUUUUAAUAAAAGCAGAUUUGUUUGGGAAUGAAACUGAAAUGAAAGGCGAUGGCGCCGUGCUAGAAUUUGAUCAUAUUUAUUGCUGCAUUAAUGUGUCUUCAGUAAAGGUGGAGCUAAUUUUCAUUUCUUUAAAUACUGCUGGGUAGUUUUUGAACAACUGCUUCAAAGAUUUUGCCUUAAAAAAGUAAAAAAUAUCGUUGUCAGUUUAAGGUACAGUUUAAACCUGUAAUGUUACUUCAUAUAUUUGAAGAGCUUUUAACGCUUACUCGCUUGGGAGAAGCCGUUGAAACCCGUUUAUUAAAAUCCAUUAACUCCUGGGGUGACACCACCAACAGCGCAGAACCAUAACAGUUCAAAUUUACAAUAAUUUGAAGUAAAAAAGAGGCAAAUCCUCAUUAAACAGAGAUUCAAGAUCACGGUCUGUUAACUAUCGAUUGACAAAACGACUGACUGACUGUUUCAGCUUAAAAAGAUUUUUCACAAAUUCAUUUAUUUAUGAAAUGUAUUAAUUUGUCCUCACUGCUGCCGAAAGUGUCAGAGGCGCAGUUAACGUGCAUCUCCACUGAAAAAGCUGCGUGUGGGGUUCCUUCAUGUAUUGAAACGAAACCCCGUUGAAAACCCUUUCAUUUACAACUGUCUGUUAAUUCAUCCAUUCGUUUUUCUCCAAAUGUGGGUCAAACCAAUUAAAAACACCUUAAAACGUCAUUAAUUUGCGCCUGAUUUCU